AUGGAGAAAAGGGAAAGAUCGGGUUUAUCUCGAAUUUGUAUAUGUCUUGAACCACCAUGGAGCUUCGACGACCCUUCAGAUGAAAAAUUAUAUUUGGCGUACACUCAACGACAAAGGCAAGGCGCCGUGCUACGGUGGAUCUCUCUGGGAAUAUUAUUGCAGAUAUUCAUUGCUUUGGUACCAGGCGAAGCUAACUUAAAGUUUGCGUAUGCAUCCGUAGUUAUUGGUACGGUACUAAACUUAAGUUUGGUUAUAGUAUAUGCCGUUUUGCCAAAAGUACGUCCUCUCCUAAACCAUAUAGCAUGGCUAGUUCUUUGGAUCCAACUCCUUGUGAGCACAUCACGAAGAGUCGGAGAUUCAUACAACGAGUUACUGGGUUGGGCUAUUGUUCUACAAUACUUCACGCUAACUACUUUACCAUUUCAUCACCUGUUGCUCAUAGUAUACAGCGUAAUUUCCUUUACUGCAUUUCUGCUAGUGCAAAGUUAUAACGCUACUGUGGGGGAAGUUGAAAUAGAAGGAGAUGUGACAAUUCAGCAAGUAGCAAAUGGGUGCCUAUUACUGGGAGCUACGUUAUUAGGAGGCACAGCAUACUUCAUUAAUGAGCGGAAGCAACGACUAUCGUUUAAGGAGACAAAACGGAGUUUGCGUGAUAAACUUACGAUCGAGCAACAGAGUAAGGAACAGGAAAGGUUACUGCUGUCCGUAUUACCUGAACACGUCGCCGUUAAAAUGAGAGCUGACCUGGGUUGCAUAGACACGCAGUUUAAGAAAAUAUAUAUGUCGAGACACGAAAAUGUAAGCAUAUUGUAUGCGGAUAUAGUGGGUUUUACUGCGAUAUCAUCAUCCUACUCGGCGCAAGAUCUUGUGGCAAUAUUGAAUGAAUUGUUUGCACGAUUUGAUCGAUUAGCAGAGAAAUAUAAUCAGUUACGAAUAAAAAUUCUUGGAGAUUGCUAUUACUGCAUUAGUGGAGCGCCGGUGGAGAGACCCGAUCAUGCCGUACUCUGUGUGCACAUGGGAUUGUCAAUGGUUAAAGCUAUCAAGUAUGUACAGCGGAUAACGAACUCCCCAGUGGAUAUGCGAGUUGGUAUUCAUACUGGGGCAGUCCUAGCCGGGGUUCUGGGUCAAAGGCAGUGGCAGUUUGACGUGUAUUCAAGAGAUGUGGAACUUGCGAAUAAGAUGGAGAGCAGUGGAAUGGCUGGGCGUGUGCACGUGUCGGAAGUGACGCGUAGCUUCCUGAAAGACGAGUUUGAGGUCGAACCCGCACAUGGCGAACGGCGAGAGGAGAUGCUGCGUCAGGCCGGCAUUAAGACAUAUUUUAUUGUUAAGUACAAAGGCAGCGAAGAAAAAUGUAAUGAAGGUGAAACGGGUGGUGGCGACUGGCCCGACGUUCUCUCCGACCUCAAAGACGACGAUGAGGACUCAGUAAUAUCUCCGCAAGAUGAAACACAUAUCACAGAGGAGAUUAAGAUACAUACCAUGUUACAAGAAGAGCUUGUCAAUAGGGAUGAUGAUAGGGAACUUGCUGACGGUACCACGAUUUGUUUGACAUUUAAAGAGAAUGAGAUAGAGAGCGGUUAUGCGCAACGUGGAAACUCUUAUCCGCAAGCAAUUGGAGCACCACCAAUGAUAAUUCUACCAGCUCUGACUCCCAUUAUUACCUUUGCUGUACCCAGUACGUGGACUUUCCACGCAUUUUACAUCGCCCUAGUAUUGGAAGCAUGCGCGCUUAAUAUAUUAUACCUAAUUAUAUUUCGUUACGCGCAGUAUAAGAGUAAAAAGAUACCAACAUGUUGGAAGCUAGCGUGUGGUAUAUUCAAUAUCGCAGUCUUCCUAGCAUUAAACGUAAUUCCACUGAUUGUCUGUGGUUUCAUGGAAACUAACCCCGAUGAAGUUGAGUUAAAUGAAAAUUUUUUUGGCUCCAGAAACCAAAGAUGUCUACAUACUUCUUAUUAUUAUCAUAUGGGUGUCGGCGUAGCCUGUAGUGUUCUAUGGGUCCGUCCGCUUCGCGAAGGCUACCGUCUUUUACUGCUAACAGGAGUUGCAGCUGCCCACGCGCUGCCAGCCGCCUUGUAUCCCGCCCUACUGGAUCGGUACCGCCCGCCCUUCGCCCCUUACCUCAAUACCACUGGAGACCCGACUAUAGAUUUGAUAUCACAGAUACACCCCGGAAGACACAUUCUGAUGAUGUUCAUAAUUAUCAUAGGAUUGGUUAUAUAUCAUAGAUAUAGUGAGUCGGUGGAGCGAGCCCGCUAUUCCCGUGGCGUUCGUAUGCGUGGCCAGGCCGAACAAGCGAGAGAGUUGCGACGUCGGAACGAAGCCCUUGUUCAUAAUGUCCUUCCACCACACGUCGCCACACACUUUAUGGGCGCGAGGCACCACCACAGAGACCUAUACAGCCAAAGCUAUGCUGAAGUCGGAGUGCUAUUUGCCUCCAUGCCUAAUUUCACAGAGUUCUACUCGGAAGAAACAGUCAACAAUCAAGGUCUAGAGUGUUUACGAUUUCUCAACGAAGUUAUAUCCGAUUUCGAUCUUCUACUAGAGGAAUCAAAGUUUAGCAAAGACAUCAUUAAGAUAAAAACAAUAAGUUCUACGUAUAUGGCAGCAUCAGGACUCAACCCCACUCGCCAGAUGCAGCCGACAGAUGGGACCCUAGUCCGCUGGGCACACCUGGCUUGUCUGGUAGAAUUUGCGUUAGAACUGCAACGCGUGCUAGCGGCCAUUAAUGAGCAGUCAUUCAAUCACUUUGUACUGCGAAUGGGGGUCAAUCACGGGCCCAUAACUGCUGGGGUCAUUGGGGCUAGGAAGCCCCAUUAUGAUAUAUGGGGGAAUACUGUGAAUGUAGCUUCUCGUAUGGAGAGUACGGGAAAGGCUGGGUGUAUUCAGGUGACGGAAGAGACAUGUGAAAUCCUACAGAAGUUUGGUUACUACUUUGAACAACGGGGGUUGGUAGCUGUAAAGGGAAAGGGUCAGCUUAUGACGUACUACCUCCUGGGUAAGAGGGAAAACGGAAAUCCCGACUGCCCUAUGGUGGAGGAAAGUGCAGAGGCAGACGCAGGUGAUGCAUUGCUAGCUAACGGCACCACAUCCACGAGUCAUCCAACCGCCCAAACACCCGCCUCACACGACGAAGUGGAGCGGCCUUUAUUAAAUUAG